GCUGGGGGCUGGGCUUCCGGUAGAGCCUGUUCCUCUCCGCUGUGUCGGCUCGGACGGUUCCGGUUGGCCUAGAGAUCAGUUGUCGCGGGAGAUGAUUAAAAAAUUCGACAAGAAGGACGAAGAGUCUGGCAGUGGCUCUAACCCUUUUCAGCAUUUAGAGAAGAGUGCUGUUUUGCAGGAGGCUCGUAUCUUCAAUGAAACUCCUAUCAAUCCAAGACGAUGCCUACAUAUUCUGACCAAGAUACUUUAUUUAUUGAACCAGGGUGAACACUUUGGAACUACUGAAGCUACCGAAGCCUUCUUUGCAAUGACUCGCUUAUUCCAGUCUAAUGAUCAAACAUUGAGAAGAAUGUGCUACCUCACUAUCAAAGAAAUGGCCAACAUCUCAGAGGAUGUGAUUAUUGUCACAAGCAGUCUGACCAAAGACAUGACUGGGAAGGAGGAUGUGUACCGAGGCCCAGCUAUCAGGGCCCUCUGCAGAAUCACUGAUGGAACAAUGUUGCAAGCCAUUGAAAGAUACAUGAAGCAAGCCAUUGUGGAUAAAGUCCCGAGUGUGUCCAGUUCAGCACUGGUGUCUUCAUUACACAUGAUGAAGAUAAGCUAUGAUGUGGUCAAACGAUGGAUUAAUGAAGCUCAAGAGGCUGCUUCAAGUGAUAAUAUCAUGGUGCAGUAUCAUGCCUUGGGCGUCCUGUACCAUCUCAGGAAGAAUGAUCGCCUUGCUGUUUCUAAGAUGUUGAAUAAAUUCACCAAAUCUGGGCUGAAGUCCCAGUUUGCUUACUGCAUGCUAAUCCGAAUCGCUAGUCGCCUCCUGAAAGAAACUGAGGAGAGCCAUGAAAGUCCACUGUUUGACUUCAUUGAGAGUUGCUUACGAAACAAACAUGAAAUGGUUAUCUAUGAAGCUGCUUCAGCUAUUAUCCAUCUCCCCAAUUGUACUGCGAGGGAGCUGGCACCUGCUGUUUCAGUUCUUCAGCUUUUUUGCAGUUCUCCCAAGCCAGCCUUGAGAUAUGCAGCUGUGAGGACCUUAAACAAGGUGGCCAUGAAGCACCCUUCUGCAGUGACAGCCUGUAACCUGGACCUAGAAAACUUGAUCACAGACUCAAACCGCAGCAUUGCUACCCUGGCCAUUACCACACUCCUAAAAACAGGAAGUGAGAGCAGUGUAGAUAGGCUCAUGAAGCAGAUUUCAUCUUUUGUGUCUGAGAUCUCUGAUGAGUUCAAGGUUGUAGUGGUCCAGGCUAUCAGUGCUCUGUGUCAGAAGUACCCUCGAAAGCACAGCGUAAUGAUGACUUUUCUCUCCAAUAUGCUACGAGAUGAUGGAGGCUUUAAAUAUAAGCGAGCCAUCGUAGACUGCAUAAUCAACAUUGUAGAAGAGAAUCCUGAGAGUAAAGAGUCGGGUCUAGCUCACCUCUGUGAGUUCAUUGAAGACUGUGAACACACUGUGCUGGCCACCAAGAUCCUCCACUUGUUGGGGAAAGAGGGUCCCCGGACACCUGUUCCCUCAAAGUACAUUCGUUUCAUUUUCAACAGGGUAGUGCUGGAGAAUGAGGCUGUCAGGGCUGCUGCUGUCAGUGCUUUGGCCAAAUUUGGAGCUCAGAAUGAAAACCUUCUCCCAAGCAUCCUUGUACUCCUACAGAGGUGUAUGAUGGACACUGAUGAUGAGGUACGGGACCGAGCUACCUUCUAUCUGAAUGUGUUGCAGCAGAAGCAGAUGGCACUGAAUGCUGCAUAUAUCUUCAAUGGUCUGACAGUCUCAAUACCAGGGAUGGAAAAAGCCUUGCACCAAUACACAUUGUCGCCCUCGGAGAAGCCCUUUGACCUGAAGUCUGUUCCUCUUGCUACUGCCCCUGUCUUUGAACAGAAAGCAGAAAUCACACUUGUGGCCAAUAAGCCAGAGAAGUUGGCUCCAUCCAGACAGGAUAUAUUUCAAGAACAAUUGGCUGCCAUUCCUGAAUUUAAGAACCUAGGGCCUUUAUUCAAAUCAUCUGAACCUGUGCAGCUCACAGAAGCAGAAACAGAAUAUUUUGUCCGCUGUGUCAAGCACAUGUUCAACAAUCACAUUGUAUUCCAGUUUGACUGUACAAAUACUCUCAAUGACCAGUUCCUAGAGAAGGUGACAGUGCAGAUGGAGCCUUCAGAUGCCUAUGACGUGCUCUGCUGCAUCCCUGCCCCCAGCCUCACCUAUAACCAGCCAGGAAUAUGUUACACUCUUGUUCGUCUACCUGAUGAUGACCCUACUGCAGUUGCUUGCACUUUUAGCUGCACGAUGAAGUUUACAGUUCGGGAUUGUGACCCUAAUACUGGCAUUCCAGAUGAGGAUGGAUAUGAUGAUGAGUAUGUGCUGGAAGAUCUUGAGGUCUCUAUGUCUGAUCACAUCCAGAAGGUGCUCAAACCUAACUUUGCUGUAGCCUGGGAAGAGGUUGGAGAUAACUUUGAAAAGGAGGAGACUUUUGCCCUCAGCACAACCAAAACCCUUGAAGAAGCGGUCAACAACAUCGUCACAUUUCUGGGCAUGCAACCAUGUGAGAGGUCAGACAAAGUACCUGAAAACAAAAACUCUCAUACACUCUAUUUGUCAGGUGUAUACAGAGGCGGCUACGACUUACUGGUGAGGUCUAGAUUGGCCUUAGGAGAUGGAGUGACCAUGCAGGUGACUGUGAGAAGCAAAGAGGAAACACCUGUUGAUGUUAUCUUAGCUUCAGUUGGAUAAAUUUUUAUCUAAGCUUUGUAAUUAAUGCACUCUCCAGUCAGUUGGCUUUUUUCAUGAUUUUGGAAAGUAAAUGUCUAGGCAGAUCUACUAAGCAAACGUCUGUCCUUGUGUCUGUUCUUAUGCACGUUGUUUUUACUCCAACUGCUCAACUUCUUUACAUUCCUUGCUCUAACUUAUUGUGUCCAAAAGCGCCUGGUGGAGUUGAGAACUUGUGUAACCGAAGUGGUGGGGAGGAAUCCAGAGUCCACUUUUGUCAAAAUUCAUUUUUAUUAAUAGAAAAUAAACAAUUAUUCCAGUUUCAAAAUUUGUUAUACUUGAAGUUGCUAAUAAAAAGACUUUAAAAUAA